GGCCAGGCUUGGAUCAUUAAUUUAGCAUUUAGCGUCGCUAAUUUAACACCGACAACAAGGGAGCAGGACAGAGUGACGUCAUGGCAACAGAGGGGGAGCCCACAGACCUGAUCAAAGUGCUGCACCUCCUGGUGCUCUCCUUCUCCUGGGGUAUGCAGGUCUGGGUCUCCUUCAUAGGAGGUUUUGCGUUGGUGUGGCAGGUGAGUCGGCACACCUUCGGCCUGGUGCAGAGUAAGCUCUUCCCCGUGUACUUCUACUGUCUGCUGGGAGGCAACGCAGUCAGCCUGGCUGUGUACGCUGUGUAUCACCCCAGAGAGCUGCUGGACCGGCAUGAAACUGUGCAGAUGGUUCUGUACUUUGUGGCGCUGGUCACGGCCGGUCUGAACGCCCAGUGGUUCGGCCCAGCGGCCACCGAGGUGAUGUUUCAGAUGAGGGAGGUGGAGAAGGAGCACGGUCUCGGGGACCAGAUCGGCCUGGGGAGUCAAAAAGACGAGUAUGUGAAGCUCAAAGAGCAGGACCCCAAGUACAGAGCCUACAAACGCACGUUUGGACGCUACCACGGGUUGUCCAACCUCUGCAACCUGAUCGGGUUCAUCUGCACCACGACGAAUCUGAUCUACACGGCGCUGAAUUUAUCCACCAUUUAGAGGAGGGAAGGGGUUAAUAUGGACAUGAGCUUAAAGAAAUAUAAGUGUAAUCACACAGAAGUGUCCUUGUGAAGGAGGACGCCUUUGUUGACACGGAGCGUCCAAAAAAACUCCAUUUCCUUUCACUCUUAUUGGCCAUUUGUGAGACAUUUUUCAUGUUGUCCAUCACUUUCUAAUCAAGCCUCUCUCACUUUCAGGAUGUGUUGCAUUUUUCUAUUUCUGAUUUAAUAUUUGACUAUAUUGCUCAUGAUUUUACCCCGUUUUAACCCUUUCAAACCUGAGCAAUGUAAUGUCAUUUCUUUCAUAACCAUGCAGAGAAGACAAUGAGCAAUUUAAGAAGACAUGGUCCAAAAAUCAGCACAAAAAAGUAAAAAGUUACAAGCAAAUUAACUGGAAACAACAAAAAAUAAAGAAAACUAAAACCAAAAAGAAAAUUACCUAAAAAUCGUCUGGAUUUAUUUCCGAAAGUAAAAUUUUUUAAAAAACCAAGAUCUACGCAUUUUUUAAGUGACAUAAUUUGAAAGUAUAAUUAUACGUCUAGUUUUCUGGACACUUUUUUCUUCUUUUGUUUUAAUUCCCCUCUUUUUUAAAACUAAUUUUCAGGGCAUUUUCUUGUCACCUUUUUCUAAUUUCUUGUAAUUUGUGGGACAUGUCCUGGAAGGUCGCUAAUUGUCUUUUCCUCUGUGUUUUUGAAAGAAAUGAAUUUGUUCAGGAUCCAAAGGUUUAAUAGUUUUGAAAGUUGUCUGAAAGCAGCACAAGAUAAGUGACGUGAUCCAGGUUUCAAAGGGUUAAGAGUGAAAUUUCUUAUAAAACACACUAAGUAAAAUAACCAAACCUCAGAUGUGACCGGAUCCCCAGCAGGGGGCGACGUUUGGUCGCAGGUGUACUCAGGCAGGUCGCUCCUGAGCUCAGGGCCGCUCAGUGCAUUUCAUUGUGAAAUAUUGUGUUUCCAGAUAUUUGAAGGACAAUGUUUGAUUUGUCAACGCGGUAAAUUUAACACUGUGACUUGGAGAUUAAACGAGAUGCUUUUAAUACUC